GUCCCUGUCAGUGAAGCCCGCCCCCUGCCCUAUUUUAUUGGUCUCUAACUUCGUCCUGCGGGGUUUCGCGGACAGACUCCGCCCCAGUCCCAAGCUACCUGAGACCCUGUCUUUCCCACCCCAAACACAGAGCUUCAGUGCCCUCCCCAAAUCCUCGCAGCCCCCGCUGACCGCCCCACAGAAGGCUCACCGGAGCUCUACGGAGACCCUCCCAGACCCAGUCUUCCCACAGGCGUACCCACAGAUUUUUCACAGCUCCAACCCCAGAGAUUCGCUUAUGGAGAUCCCACAAACCACCCUCCCCCUCCUUUUCAGAAAUGAGCCCUCUGGGUUCGCCCCCUCCAGGCCCAAAGCAGCUCCCUCUGCAGGCCUCACCCACCGACCAAGUGACCAGACUAUUGUUGCCAUGGAGACUGUGGGCGUUCUGGUCGCCCCGGUGACCGUUUCCUCUUCUCCCAGCCUGGGUUCUAAAGGCGUCAGUCAAGGCCCUCCCCUAUCGGCCCUAGACCACAUCUGCCCCUUCCUGCCCUUCCCCAAGGAACGCCUUUGCGAAGUUCUGCGGAUGUCCCAAUCCUCUCCCCCAAAUAGUUCCAGGCCAGACUGUUCACCACUCAGCACCUGCAGGCCUGGCUCAUUCACAACCAAGUCUCCCCAGGCCUCAGCUCUCCCCUUCCGGUCCUAAGGCAAGAGCCUGACCCAAGGACUUGCAACAACCAAGCCAAAGAUGGAAGCAGACGAGGCCGCAGAAGAGAUUCAUACCACCAAGGAUGCAGAACCGCACCCCUCUUCAGAAGACCCCCCUGUUGAAGAUUUACAGGAGCCCCCCUUGGAACCGUCCAUCCCUGAGGCUGCUUUAGAGCCUCAGGCCUCUCAAGACAUCUUUGUGCCAUCCCCUGCCCAGAUGCCUUCAGAGCCCUACCUCCCUGCAUCUCCACUGAUGCCAUCCCCUCCCCAGACCCCCUUAGGGUCGCCUAUCUCUGAGUCCCCUUCGGUGCCAUCCCCUCCCCAGACCCUCUUGGAGCCCCAUGCUUCUGACUCUCCCUUGGAACCUGCCAUCUCUCACAUCUCUUUACAACAGGCCAUCUCUGAGGCCCCUUUGAAGCCCCCGACCUCUGAGACCCUACUGGAGACGCCCAUCUACAAAGUCCCAGAUAAACACCUUUCUUUUCAGCCCUCAUCAGUCAGUCCUGUCUCUGGGUCUUCCUCUGAGGUUUUGAAGGAAGGUCCCCUCUCUGAGCCUUCAUCCAGUGAGAUCCCACGAACAAGGAGGGCCACCCAGGUCCCUGAAGUUGAGCACCUUCCAAAGCACUCCCUUCCGGGCCCUUCAGCCCAUUUCUACACAGUCACAUAUGCAAAGCAGAAGGAUGAUGCCGAAGAAGACGAGGAGGGAGAGGAAACCAGUGGCACCACUGCGCAUACAGCCCUGCCUGGACACCAGAUGGGCAAGAAGAAGGCAAAGAAAGAAGUUAUCUGCCACCCUGUGGACCCUGCUACUCAGGCAGAGUCGGUGGAAGCAGCGAAGACAAUGCACAGAGAACAAUUUGGUACUCGGGUCAACUAUGUUUUCCAAUGGGAGAAGAAUGCAGCCCUGAAAGCCAUCCAGUCAGGUCUGUACGUUGGCUGGCGCUGCCCCCAUUACCUAUGGGACUGUUUCCGGAUUAGGGAUGAAUCCAAGUGCUUUUGUGGCCACCUGCUGAGAGAGCAUCAUGUCAUCUCAGACAUUUCUGUGCCCUGCCGCGUGAGCCAGUGCCGCUGCCUCAUGUUCUGCUUUAUCCCAUCACGCCCAGAGGAGGUGGGUGAGUUCUGGCUCAAGAGACGGGCCACCUUUGACCCCAAGGCCUGGAGGGCCCAGUGUCGCUGCAAACACAGCCACGAAGACCACGCAGCCACCGGGUCCCAUCCCUGCAGACAUCCUGGCUGUUGCUGCAACUGUUUUGAGUCUAAUUUCCUCUGUGCGGCCUGUGACCGGCGCUGGGAGGAACACGAGACCUUCUUUGAGACUGAGGAGACUCGGCGGCGAGGAGGGAGACCUCAUGGGACACACACUGUCAGCAACUGGCGCAGGCCGAUGUGAGCCUGGCCCAGACCAGCAAUAAAGGGGAACCACUGGAAUCUGACCUGGCUCUGUAAUGGGGCAGGUAGAGCCCGGCCCAGGGACAGACACCCCAAGACCCUGAAGACAGCACCAAGCAGGAGAGAGGCUAAUCCAGCCAUCUGCCCCCACCACCCCAACAGUCACGCUGCUGGCUCUGACAUCCAGAGAGUAGCUUCAGUGAAGUCCAGGAGCCAGGGAGUUUCAAGGACAGAACAAGUGGUGAGGUCAGCUGCAGCAGGGGCUCCAGUCAGAGGGAGACUGGACAGCAUCCACUGGGUUUUGCAAUUAGGUCUUUGGAGACUGGCAUCAGAGUGCAGUGAGUUUUGUGAGUUUUAUGGACCCUCUUCAAGCAGCUUGGAAGACAAGUCGGUAAGGAGUAAGGCAUUGCCCAGCAGGAGGUAUGUAGUCAAGGAAGCGCUCUUAGAAAUGAAAAGGGAAUGAGCCCCCCCCCCAAAAAAAUCACCCUGAGGGCUAACAGAAGAGGAGAGAUGCCCGAUGGGACAGGAUCCUGGAGGUGGAGGGGUGGGAGAGGCCGAGGCACAGGUGA